AUACAUAGGGGAGGUCUUAAUAGUGUAUCCUAGGGUGGUGGUCAUUCAUUUCAUUCCAGACAGGUCUUCUGAGCUGCUGAUUGGACAGUAGCUGAUACCCCAAAGCUCUGGAUGGUAUAGAGAUUCCCAGAGAACUCUGCAUGUGCUGAUUCAAGAAAAUGUGAAUGUGUGACAUUAUGGCAGCACACAGUAAUGAGGACCUAUGUACCAUUUCAGUCUGACCACAGAUAGAAGAGACUUCCCUUAUCAUUGAGACUCAGCAUGGCAGAAGGCUAAAAGACACCAGAACUUCAGCAGGGACAGCUUCAAGGCAGACCCUGGGGAUACUUGAUAACUUCAGGAUGGGUUCUGUCUCCAACCAGGAAAUUACAGAAGGGCUUCCAAAAUCUUUGGAUGGCACAGCAGAUAUACACAAGAGCGACAAAUCUGUAAUCUUUCAAGGAUCUGGAGUAUGCAAAUGGUUUAAUGUACGCAUGGGUUUUGGAUUCCUCACCAUGACCAAGAAGGAGGGAACUGAUCUUGAGACCCCAUUAGAUGUUUUUGUUCAUCAGAGCAAGCUCCACAUGGAAGGGUUUCGCAGCUUGAAGGAAGGGGAAUCUGUGGAAUUUACCUUCAAGAAAUCCUCCAAGGGUUUAGAAUCAACUCAAGUGACAGGACCUGGUGGGGCUCCCUGCAUUGGUAGUGAAAGGAGACCGAAAGUAAAAGGGCAGCAAAAAAGAAGACAAAGAGGAGACAGGUGCUACAACUGUGGAGGAUUAGACCACCAUGCCAAGGAAUGCAAGCUUCCCCCUCAGCCAAAGAAAUGUCAUUUCUGCCAAAAUCCAAAUCACAUGGUUGCCCAGUGUCCAGAGAAAGCCAUGCAGGCUGCCAAUUUAGAAGAUCAGCCAAUCACUGAGGAACAGGAGCUCAUUCCUGAAAUUAUGGAGUAAUCUACACCAUCUCUCUACAUUACCUCAACCCCAACCCUGGCAGUGGAAAAGACUGAGAGCAUAAGCUUACAGCAGAGCAGAGCACUAAUGUGUUUCAUUGUAGGAAUAAUAUUUUGCUCAAGAGGGGUAUUUUUUACAAGCAAAGGCUCAACUGGGGUGUUGCUAAGUGGGUCGUAUACUUGCUUUUAGAAAAUAUUUACAAUGAAAAACAGUUUCUUAGGAAGGGCAGGGUGGUAUCAGGCCGAGAACGUCCAUCUGCAGACAUAAAGAU